GGGCGUCGCGCGUCCUGGCGGGCGGUGCCGCGGCGCAGGCUCGGGGCUGCCCAUGGGGCGCGGGGGGCCGGCCCGGUGACGCCGGACGCCCAUGGCCGCGGCUGAGGAGGCGCAGGCGCCCGUGGUCUACACCAUGGAGAACAAGCCCAUCGUGACCUGUGCUGGAGAUCAGAAUUUGUUUACCUCCAUUUACCCCACACUGGCACAGCAGCUUCCGAGGGAGCCGAUGGAAUGGAGGAGGUCCUAUGGCCGGGCGCCCAAGAUGAUCCACCUGGAGUCCAGCUUCGUGCAGUUCAAGGAGGAGCUGCUGCCCAGGGAGGGGAACAAGGCCCUGCUCACCUUCCCGUUCCUGCAUGUCUACUGGACCGAGUGCUGCGACACUGAAGUGUAUAAAGCCACCGUGAAGGAUGGGCUUAGCAAGUGGCAGAGCAUCCUGAAGGCUCAUGGCUCUGUGGACUGGCUCAUAGUGGUAGUGGAAAACGAUGCCAAGAAAAAAAACAAAACCAACAUCCUGCCCCGCACUUCCAUUGUGGACAAAAUAAGAAACGAUUUUUGUAAUAAGCAGAGUGACAGGUGUGUUGUGCUCUCCGACCCCCUGAAGGACUCCUCCCGCACUCAGGAAUCCUGGAAUGCCUUCUUGACCAAACUCAGGACGUUGCUUCUUAUGUCUUUUACCAAAAACCUAGGCAAGUUUGAGGAUGACAUGAGGACCUUGAGGGAGAAGAGGACCGAGCCUGGCUGGAGCUUUUGUGAAUAUUUCAUGGUUCAGGAGGAGCUGGCGUUUGUCUUCGAGAUGCUGCAGCAGUUCGAAGACGCCCUGGUGCAGUAUGACGAGCUGGAUGCACUCUUCUCGCAGUAUGUCGUCAACUUCGGUGCUGGCGAUGGGGCCAACUGGCUGGCCUACUUCUGCCAGCCUGUGAGGAGCUGGAGCGGCCUGGUCCUGCGCAGGCCCAUCGACAUGGAGAAGCGGGAGCUGGUGCAGAGGCGGGAGGCCACGCUGCUCGACCUGCGCAGCUACCUGUUCUCGCGCCAGUGCACGCUGCUGCUCUUCCUGCAGAGGCCCUGGGAGGUGGCCCAGCGUGCCCUGGAGCUGCUGCACAGCUGCGUGCAGGAGCUGCGGCUGCUCGAGGUCUCCGUGCCGCCCGGCGCGCUCGACUGCUGGGUGUUCCUGAGCUGUCUGGAGGUGCUGCAGAGGAUAGAAGGCUGCUGCGACCGGGCGCAGGUGGACUCCAACAUUGCCCACAUGGUGGGGCUGUGGAGCUACGCCACGGAGAAGCUCAAAUCCUUGGGCUAUCUGUGUGGACUCGUGUCAGAAAAGGGCCCGAAUUCAGAAGACCUCAACAGGACAGUGGAUCUGCUGGCAGGCCUGGGAGCGGAGCGGCCUGAAACGGCCAAUGCAGCUCAGAGUCCCUACAAGAAGCUCAGAGAAGCCCUGUCUUCCGUGGAGGCGUUUGAGAAGCACUAUUUAGACCUGUCCCACGCCACCAUUGAGAUGUACACGAGCAUUGGGAGGAUCCGCUCUGCCAAGCUGGUUGGGAAAGACCUGGCUGAGUUUUACAUGAGGAAGAAGUCCCCGCAGAAAGCCGAGCCAUAUCUCCAAGGAGCUCUGAAAAAUUACCUGGCUGAGGGCUGGGCUCUGCCGGUCACGCACACGAGGAAGCAGCUGGCUGAGUGCCAGAAGCACCUGGGGCAGGUUGAGAACUACCUUCAGUCCAGCAGCCUCCUGGCCAGCGACGGCCACUUGACUCAGGAGGAGCGGGAACACUUUUGCCAGGAGAUCCUGAGUUUUGCCCAGCAGCCGCCAGACAGCCCAGGUCACAGGGUAGUGCUGCCCAUGCAUUCCUUUGCACAACUCAGAGAUCUGCACUUUGACCCUGCUAAUGCCGUGGUGCACGUGGGUGGUGUCCUGUCCGUGGAGAUGACCCUGUGCAGUCAGAUGCCUGUGCCUGUCCACGUGGAGCAGCUCGCGGUCAGUGUCCACUUCAGCAUCGAGAAGAACAACUACCGGAAGACGGCCGAGUGGCUCACCAAGCACAAGACGUCCAACGGGCUCAUCAGCUUCCCUGCCGAGCCCACGACCCUGCCCGCCUCGCAGCCCAGCCUGCCCGCGCUGGAGCUGCACGAGGUGUUUGAGAGGAGCCCUUCCGACAACGCCUUGAGCACCACGGGCAUCAUCUGUAGGAACAUCCACCUGCUGCUGAGGAGGCAGGAGAGCGGCGUGUCUCUGGACACGCCCACGGGCCUGAGCCUGGAGGACGGGCCACACAUGCUGCGCUGCCACCACGUGACGCUGGAGCCGGGGGCCAACAGGGUCACCUUCCAGACUCAGGCCAAGGAGCCAGGAACCUACACGCUGCGGCAGCUGUGGGCCGUGGUAGGCCGCGUGUGCUUUGCGCUCCCGCACAUCCACCCCCCUGUGCAGUAUGACGUGUACUCCCAGGAGCCCCAGCUGCACGUGGAGCCGCUGGCUGAUAGCCUUCUGGCCGGCAUCCCUCAGAAAGUCAAGUUCACAGUCACCACCGGCCACUACACGGUUAAGCCGGGGGACAGCCUGCAGCUCAGCAAUACGGAAGCCAUGCUCAUCCUGGGCCAGGCGCAGAGCAGGGCUGUCAUCUCUUCCAACUCGAGAGAGAAGUGCUCCGAAGCGUGGCUGCGGAUCCAGUCCUCCGACAAGGUCACCAGCAUUAGCCUGCCCGCCGCUCCUGCCUACCAUGCCAUUGAGUUCGAGCUGGACGUCCUCUCUGUGCCUCCAGCUCCUGCCAGCCCUGGGGACAGGGACAUGCUGGGGACACCAGAGCCCCCUGCCAAGCACAGGGACAGGCCAAAGGCUGGCCUCUGCAUGGCCUCCACAGACCACAAGGUGUCCAUCGACUGCCCGUGGUCCAUCUACUCCACUGUCAUUGCCCUGACCUUCAGCGUGCCCUUGAGGACCACGCACGCCCUGCUGUCGGCUGGAACCCGGAAGUAUGUCCAGGUGUGUGUCCAGAAUCUGUCUGAGCUGGACUUCGAGCUGUCAGACUGUAACCUCACACACACCGGAGAUGGCGCCGCCCUGCAGCUGGUGCCGCUCAACACGCAGUGCCAGCAGCGCAUCUACAGCCAGCAGUCGGUGUUCUUUGUCUGGGAGUUGAAGUGGACACAGGAGCCGCCCCCCGCUCUGCACUGCCAGUUCUCCGUGGGCUUUUCCCCGGCUUCGCAGGAGCGGCUGUCUAUCCCCUUAAAGCCGUACACUUAUGAGUUUCACGUGGAGAAUUUUUUUACACUGUACAAGGUACAGGCCGCCAUUGCGCCGCCAGCGGGGCUGGAGUUCUGCCGCACGGGCUCCCUGUGCGCCCUGGAAGUGUGUAUCACGCGGCUCGCUGACCUGCUGGAGGUGGACCGGGACGAGGCGCUGACCGAGGCUGACUCGCACUUCACCACGCGGCUCAUGUACGAAGUGGUCGACAACAGCAGCCGCUGGGCCGUGUGCGGCAAGAGCUGUGGUGUCAUCUGCAUGCCCGUGGCCGCCCAGGCCACUCACAGGGUGCACCUGGAAGUGAUGCCACUUUUCGCAGGCUACCUGCCCCUGCCCGACGUCAGGCUGUUCAAGUACCUGCCCCAUCACUCCGCCCACGCCUCUCAGCUGGACGCUGACAGCUGGAUAGAGAAUGACACCCUGUCGGUGGACAAGCACGGGGACGAGCAGCUGGACAGCGGCAGCGUCAAGGGCAGAGGCAGCGUGCACUCGGCCGCGAGCGGCGAGCACAAGGGCCUGCCCAUGCCCCGGCUGCAGGCGCUCCCCGCGGGCCAGGUCUUCAACUCCAGCACGGGUGCGCAGGUCCUGGUCAUCCCCAGCCAGGACCACCAUGUGCUGGAAGUCAGUGUCACGUGACGGUGCCCCCUGCUGGGGAGCAGGUGCGGACUGGCUGCAGCUGGAUGCCCCGUCGGGCCUUGCGGCUCCGGAGGCCUUGGGGACCCUGGAGGGUGGUCAGCUUGGUCACGUUGUCAUCUCCGUGCUGUCUGUGCUACCAGCCCCUUCCUGGCUGCCCCUCCCGGCGCUGGGCUGGCUGCCCACAUCCGGCUCCCCACGGACAGGCCCUUGCUGGCUCUGGGUCCCACUGCUGCCCAGCGCCUAGAACCAGCUGGACUUGUGUGUGUCUGCUGGGUGAGAGGCGGUCGGGGCCUGGGCUGUCGCUGUGUGCUUCGUGGAGAUGGCUGUGUGUGGGGACGGAAGGGGGCAGAACCCCUCUGUGCCUUGGGGGAGAGCCG